AGGUAGAUUUUUAAAAGAAAUUUGUUCUAUCCAAACAAAACCCUAUCAUUAAAACUUUCUAGCAGUACAUAUAUAUACAUAUAUAUAUGAGCAAGAAAACUCAUCGUCAUCAUCAAAAUACGGAGAGACCUACCUUUCAAAAAUUAUUAACUAAAGGUAAAUCUCAUAAAUCCAAUUCAAAUAUAAAUACAAUUCAACAUUCAAAUAAUUCUGAAGUAAAUCAAAAAUAUUCCGAACAGAAAAAAGUUCAAGUCAUCUCUCAAAGAUUUCAUUAUAUCAUGAAUAAAAGGUUUCUAUUAUCUUGUUCAUUAAUAUCAUUCCUUUAUUUAUGUAUUGUAUUAAUAAAAUCUACAAUGUUUGAAGAUAAAUUCAAUUAUAAUGAAAACGGUAACAAUGAAACAUUACCAAAUUCUUUAUAUGUAACAUUGAAUGCUAACAAAGAGAUCCAUAAUCAAGAUUUCAAUCAUGAAUUAAAUGAUGAAUAUGAUUUACGUCAGAAAAUAUCUUUAUUGAAUAAUCCAAAUUAUUUAAUGCCAACAUUAUGUAUUGGUGUAUUAGUUCGUAACAAAGCUCAUACAUUACCAUAUUUUUUAAAUGGUAUAGAAAAUCAACAAUAUCCAACUAAACGUAUUACAUUAAUCUUUUAUGUUGACAAUACAAUUGAUUCAAGUGAGAUCAUAUUAAAUGAAUGGAUUCAAUGUAACAAAGAUAAAUAUCAUAAUAUAAUUUUUGAAGGUAAAGAUCAUAAUAUAACUAAGUUAGAGUAUGAAAAUUUGAGUAAAAUGUGGACUCAAGAUCAUUAUUUACAUGUUAUAAAUUUACGUCAGAAAUUAUUAGAUGAAGCACGUAAUAUCUGGGCUGAUUUUUAUUUAUCUAUUGACGCUGAUGUAAUUCUUAUGAAUCCAUUGACUAUUAAACAUUUAAUAAAUGUUAUGCUUGAUUCAACAGUAUCUACAUCUAACUCUAAUUUAGAUCAUAAAACUAAUGAAAAUAUAAUUAUUUUGGCACCAUUGAUGAAUUGUACCUCAUCUGAACAUUAUUCCAACUUUUGGGGUGCUAUGUCUGAAGAAGGUUACUACCUACGUUCAGAGCAUUAUUUUGAUAUACAAAAACGUCGUAUACAAGGUGUAUAUCCUGUGGCAAUGGUACAUUCGAUAUUUUUAAUUAAUUUACAGUUUUAUCAAUCUGAACAAAUUGGUUAUUCUCCUGCACCAAUAAAUUAUACAGGACCAAUUGACGAUAUUAUAAUAUUUUCUAGAUCAGUACAACGUGCAGAAAUUGAUUUUUAUUUAGAUAAUACACAAUUUUAUGGAUAUAUUCCAUCACCGGUUGAAGAACAAGAUCUUGGAUUAUAUUCAAAAGAUUUAAAUAAUGCAUGGCUUUUGCGUGAACAAGAUCUGUUUGUUCAUCUACGUUUACAAGCAAUUAUUGAUCAAGAGGAUAAACAAAGAGUUAUACCUUCAGAAUGUUUAUUAAAUAUUGCUGAAAAUCAAUUACCUAAGUCAAAUAAAUUAAAUUUUGAUGAGAUUUAUUUUAUUAAUUUAUUGAGACGACCUGAUCGUCGACAAAAAAUGGAAUAUAUGCUUCAUCAAUUAGGUAUAAAUGCUAAACAUUAUGCAGCUAUUGAUGGAAAAGAUUUAACUAUGAAAUAUUUUGAUGAAUUAGGAAUUAAACAACUUCCGGGUUAUACAGAUCCUUACCACAAUCGGUCGUUGAAAUUUGGAGAAAUUGGUUGCUUUUUAAGUCAUUAUAAUAUAUGGAUUGAAAUGAUCAACAAUGGUUAUAAUCGUAUAUUAGUUCUUGAAGAUGAUCUACGUUUUGCUCCUGCUUUUGUUCGUAAUUUAAAUAAAGUUAUUAAAGAAGCAGAUGAAAAUGUUGCUAAUUGGGAUCUACUCUAUAUUGGUCGUAAAAGAAUGUCAAAAUCAGAGAAACGUGUACCGAAUACAACUAGUUUAACUUAUCCUGAUUAUACUUAUUGGACACUUGGUUAUAUUUUAAAUAGAAAUGGUGCAGAAAAAUUAUUAAAACAAAAACCAUUACAAAAAUUAAUUGCUAUUGAUGAAUAUCUUCCAGUUAUGUUUAAUAAACAUCCUAGAAAAGAUUGGUUAGUUCAAUUUGAACCACGAAAUUUAAUUGCUUUAUCUGCUGAACCAUUAUUAGUUGAACCACAAAGGUAUACAGGUGAAAAACUUUAUGUAUCUGAUACAGAAGACUCUGAAAUUUUCCAUAGUAAUUAAAUAAUAUUUAAUGAUUCUUAUUAAAGUAUAGAAUAAUGAAAUGAUAUUGUAUAUUUUCCUUCGAAUUUGUACAUUCCUUAGUAGGAUUUAUUUCAUUUUUGUUUUAAAAAAAUAAUAAACACUGUCCAUUGAAAAAGACAAUUUAUGUUACAGAUGGAUAU